AUGAUGUAUAAUAAAUUUAAAAUGGUAAUAUAGCAGUGAGAGGCAAAAAGGAUAGCAAGGUUAUUGUAUUUUAUUGACAAAGUCAUAUGUUUCUGUUUCAUAAAGUUAGAGAGUGAUAAUGAGAGAGAGAAGCAGUGGGGGAAACUGCUUUAAACCCCCCCCCCCCCCCUUGGUUAGAAAUUAACUAAAACUUGCUCAUCAUUUACUGCCAUUAGGUGUGAGUGUGAACUAAUGGAAAGGAGUGAAGAGUUGGUGUUGAGUGUGGAACCCCAAAACCCAGUUCCGGCACCAUUUCUAACAAAGACAUACCAGCUUGUUGAUGACCCUCUCACUGACCACAUUGUGUCUUGGGGUGAAAAUGAAACCUCCUUCGUGGUGUGGAGAAUCACUGAGUUCGCCAAGAAUCUUCUCCCUAACUAUUUCAAGCACAACAAUUUCUCCAGCUUUGUCAGGCAGCUUAAUACCUAUGGAUUUAAGAAAGUAGUGGCAGACAGAUGGGAGUUUGCAAAUGAGAAUUUCAGGAAAGGAGCAAAGCACUUGCUGUCAGAGAUCCAUAGAAGAAAAACCCAUCGAAACCACCACGACCAACAACAACCUCAACAGUUGUUUCUGAAACCAGAAGACAGCUAUGGUUGGAUGGAGUCUCCAUCGCCAUCUCCGAGAGGCAGCAGUACCGACAUUCUAACAGCACUUACCCAAGAUAAUCAGAGACUACGAAGAAAGAACUACAUGCUAGUAUCUGAACUCACUCACAUGAAGACCCUUUACAAUGACAUUAUUUAUUUCAUCCAAAAUCAUGUGAAACCAGUGCCUUAUCAACAAAAGGCCAAUACAGUAGGAUCCAACAUCAUACAAUUGGGUCCUUCAAGCCAUGUUUCUGGCACUGAAACUGCUGAAACCAGCGUUUUGGGCAACUCAUCAUCACUGACUGUGCCAAAUAACAGUAAUGUGCAGCUUUUCGGAGUCCCUCUCAUUGACAACGAACGGUUUGCGCCCUUAAAACAUUAAUAUUCGGCGAGAAUUGAAAUGCUGGCUGUGCCUCCACUGAUUAGCUUUUUUAGUUGAUUUAGACAUAUUUGAUAAUCAUCAUUAAUCUUCCUUAGCUUAGCUUACCUAGAAUUUGAUGGUUGAUCUAAUUUGCAGUACUAGGCUUGAAAGAAAUGGUGAACUUCACCCAAGUUAAUUCACUUUCCAUACUUUCUCACUGAUAUUUUCGAAAAACAGUUUCAUUUUCUAUUUUUUUAAAAAUUAAUAAAAAAAAACAUUUUUCAAUAAUAGAAACCUCAGAAAUAAAAUAAAUUAUGGAUUUUUUUCCUCAACAUUUGUAUUCUAUGUCUGAUUAAAGGAAUGCUAAUGCCCGAUUGAUCUGGAAGUCUGGAACAUUUAAUGUAUCUUCCAUUACUUAGAGAUUUUGAGUUGGCUGGAACUUAUAGUUGGGGUUCUGCGUGUAUAGAGAACUCUGUCGUGCUACAUUUCCAAAGAGCCCUGAUGUUUAGUGUUACUCCAAUCGGUUGCCAUUUCUUUCACCACGAAAGGCUAUACCCUCUUGCUAGCUGCAGAUGGAACAACCGUAAGGAUCAUACUGGUAUUCCAUCUGUCGACCUUGCAAGCAUUAGACUACAACUAGAUCGAUUAGAAAAUGAUAAGUUGUGGAGUGGCACCAAACUGAUGGAGUAAUGUAACAAUUUGGGAUGCAACAAUCAAUUCCCAAAUGGCAAUCAACCUUGAUAAGCUUCACAAGAUUGAUAUGGGCGGGCACCAUGAUGAAGUUUGGCCUACUAGGCAUAAAGAAUGGAUUCUUGGUGAUACAUGAGAUGGUUUAUGGAUGAACGUAAGCCUUUGUUUGUCCGAUGUCGUGAUUUGAAGAUGUUAGAAGUAGAUAAUGGUGUGAAUGUAGCCCUUCUUACACAAGAAAUUAAAACGUGCUAACCUGCUUGAUCACAUCUCAAGAAAUUCCCUACAGCUAGAUGGUCAUUUAGUCAUCAUAAAAUGUCAUAAUAAACAAACCCCAUAAAUGCAUGACUUUAAUCUCUAAAUAUGUGUAUGGAAUGUAUGUUUAUCUUCUACCAGUCUAUAA